AUGUGGAAGUGUUGGAUCCUGUUUCUGUGCUUUGCAGGCUUAUCCUCGGCUGUUUUGGACUUGUCGAACUUCAGCGUUAAUUCCUUGACAACUAAUCAAUCCAGAACAGUGCGACAGCACGAACCCGUAAGACGAUUCGCGUGUCCCAUUGGGUUUUUUCGAUUGAAACGAUUCUGUUAUUACUUGAGCGCCGGCACAGCGCCAUGGAGGGACGCGUACUUCCAUUGCAAGGACAGAAAUGCCACCUUGGCUAUAUUGGACAGAAAUGGAAAGGACAGGAUGCUGAGAAAAUACUUGAUGGGGGAUCAGUUCACAAAAUUGGAGCGGUGGAUCGGCGGAAUUUUCAACUGGCAACAGAUGGCUUGGGAAUGGGGUGUGACGGGUGAGAAGAUGGUUUUCCAGAGUUUCGGAAAAAUGGAACCCGGGAAAUCUGAGACGUACGCGUGGCAUUGUAUCAUAAUGGAUCCCGCAUUGAAAUACAAGUGGAGCGCGAGAAGCUGCGUCGAACGGAAGCAUUAUAUAUGCGAAGUGCCCGCCGGUCGUUUAGCAAGAAGACGCAAGAAGUCGGAUCCUUUUGCGCCGCAAAACCAAAGAUUAAAACCCAGAAAGAAGGGUAAGAAAUACUUGGACGAAAAGAGAAAGCUAGAGGGAAAGAAGAAGAAUCGGGUAAACUGGAGAAGAAAUUGGACGGAUCGAAGAGAGAAUGAACAAUGGGCUCAUGGUGUCAAACUGGGAUCACGGCCACCUAAUACCAAAGUGACGCAGCCUAGAGAACGCACGCGACAUCGUUCAAAUAGAACCCGUUUGCAACCAGUUGUGCCAAGAGUUGCCCAAGUAUUGCUUCAAGGGCGAGAAUACGGCGCUUUUCAGGGCGGGAGACUCGAUAGCCAGUCACAAAAUUUGGACAUAAAUAAUGUUCUUUCGCAAUUCCACAAUAAAAUAAAUGAUUUCGCGCGGGAGGAGAUUUUGUUGAAACCGUGAAGAAAAAUGAAUGAAUGAAUCAUUAAUGAUUAGUUACGGUUGCAAUUUUGACAUUAUUACUCUAUAUUAAAUAACAUACGCAACUAAAAAAAUAUUUACAGUAUAAAAUUUUUGUUAUAAUAAUACUAGAACUGCCAAUAUGCCGAAACAAUUAUUGCAAUAUACAUUACCAAUUGCAAAAAUAAAUUUUGCAGAAUUGCAAAGAAUUAUUGCAAUCAAGAUUAAUUUCAAUACAGAUUUUUUAAUGUUCCUGAAUAUUCAUG